CAGAUGAUGAGAGUGGGUCAUCAGCUGCAGACAGUCAGGUGUGGUCGGCGGGGAGACAUUCCGACCGGAGCGGGGAUCUAGUGGGUUCCACCAGGACAAAUCAACGUCUGCGGCGGACCUGUAAACAUGACCCACCGACAGAUCACCAACUACACCGACAUGACCGACCACCGUUUAAACCUGAAGGAGCAGAGAGCGACAGCCCUCCCCAUGUAAAGACCCAGGGAACGGUUGACUUCUUGCCCAACCGCCGGAGGAGCUGAAGUGAAAUUAAGGGAUGAGCUUUAAGGAACCUCGGCAGAUGUGACCACUACUGAACUGCAGCGAGAAAGAGGAACGACCCAGUUUCUCGCUUCUUCUUUCAAAGGGAUGGAGUUAAUGAGUGAGCGGUGGAGGAGUUCAGAGCAGUGACUGGAUUGAUCACUCGUCAUCUCACCCGUCCAUUUGUCUGUCAGAGCAGCAACCACAAAAUGCCAAAAUCCCCCCGGUCGUGCAGCCUUAGAUGUGUGACUUUCAGUGCUUAGACCCCCAUCAAGACGUCCUCUCUGCGUCCAAAGGAGAACGGAGGGAGUGAGCGCACUGCAAAAAUCACUGAAUGUAAACGUCUGAGUGGCCAGGAGCUGGAAAUCCCCUGCAGGAGCGUCACUGGGUUGAACUGGAACUAAGGUGGAACCAUCAGCCGUCAGGCAUGAAUCAUAAAUCCAGAGCGGGAGCGCGUCGUUCUCUGCUGGCUGCUGUGGUUUCACUUUGAAACCGAAGACGAUGUUGUGAACAUUUGAACUGGAACUCGAGGAAAAAAAAACAAACCCAAACUGAAAAGCGCAGGAAUUGAACUGGGAAUGUCCUCCUGUUGCCAUGGGAACAACCGUGAUGUCCGGACAAACUGCUGCGCUGCUCUGAGCUCGUAGCACCGGGGAGAUUAAGGAUAUCGCCUCCUCCUAUGAAACUGACUUUACUUGGGAAUCAUUAAGAGGCCGUCCACAUGGCGGGGAAGGACUACAAUCAUCUCUUCAAACUGCUCAUCAUUGGAGACUCCAAUGUGGGGAAAAGCAGCCUCCUGCUCCGCUUCGCAGACAACUCCUUCUCGGGCAGCUACAUCACCACCAUCGGCGUCGACUUUAAGAUCCGGACGGUGGACAUCGACGGAGAGCGGGUGAAGCUGCAGAUCUGGGACACGGCGGGACAGGAGAGAUUCAGGACCAUCACGUCGACGUACUACAGAAACACCCACGGCGUCAUCAUCGUUUACGACGUGACGAAUCCGGAAUCGUUUGUAAACGUUAAGAGGUGGUUAAAUGAAAUCUCCCAGAACUGUGACAGCGUCUGCAAGAUCCUGGUGGGAAACAAAAACGACGACCCCGCCCGGAAACAGGUGGAUACCCAGGAUGCUGUGCGUUUCGGGGAGUCGAUGGGGGUCCGGGUGUUCGAGACCAGCGCCAAAGAGAACAUAAAUGUCGAAGAGAUGUUCAUGGCCUUCACCCACAUGGUGCUCCGGGCCAAGAAGCAGAGCCAGAACAGAGCCGAGAGGGAGCGAGAGCGGGAGAGAGACACCGUGAACAUCAACGCCCAGAGAGACCGAGACCGCAGGAAGAGAGGGAAGAAGUGCUGCUGAGACGCAGACUCACGGCGAAGCCGCCGCCGCCGCCGCCCGUCGCUUCACAAACGGCGUUCAGACAAGAAGGGGAAACUGUGCCUUCAGAGACGAGCUCCUGCAUCAGUCGCAGCUGCUGGUCGUGAAUGUAACGGAGGCAGAGGGAUUGACAGUCCGUCAGCGCUGACUGCACGUAGCAGCCUCCACGUUACAGGAGUUAAAGGAUCAUUCUGGUGUUUCACAGCCCGUUUACCACGAAUCACAGUCCCAGCAUGCCGAGGUGAGGCCCGAGAGGCUGCUCGCUCCUCCCGAGACGCCGCUGCAGACAUUCAUGCUCCCCAGAGGAUGAAAGCUAACGUUUUUGACCCUUUCAUUAGUGCCAACAGGAGGUUAAAACGUCCACUGAAACAGAAGAAGCACAAUCACAGAUCCUGUGAUUUCAUUUGUUCAUGAGCCUUCAGUCCAGCGACCAUCGCGAACUGCUUAGUGUCUAAAUUAUUCGUGUUUGUUAGAGAACUGAUGACUUUUCCUGAUUAAUCAAUCGCAGUGAAAGAAGCACAACUGAUCAGCUGUUCUGUUUUGACCUGAAAUCUUUCGGGUCGUGACGUUUCAGCUGAACGUUCACGCAGACCUCGGGAGUCGUGGCGACCUCCGGCCGCUCGUUAACCGCUGAUGUCGGGUCACAUUUAUCAGGCUUCUUCAGUUCCGUCGUCAUCGUCAGCUCUGAGAAUCACCUGCACCUGUCAGACUUAAACUGUGAUUGUGGUGAACGCGAGAAAGAAACGCCGGUGUGGUCCUUUAACUUCCGACUAGUGAACCGCUGUUUUCAUGUUUUUGUUUUGUCUUAAUAAAGUUUUACCACUGAGAGGGAACUAAACUAACCUGGACACACUAACAGGUGUGCUGAGUGCAGUCCAACGCCUGCGCGCCUUAUUUCAGUUCAGACGAGGCCAGUAAUCCGAGACGCCGCCGUGCGACCUCGACGCAGAGCAGCCCGAAACGCUCGAGUCCUCGGUUUGUUGUUUUUUUUUUAAUGUAAAUCUGUCGCC